GCUGGCCUUUUUGUUCCGCUGGAGAGUCCUGCUUGAACGGUGAGCAGGAGUAAGACCCGCCGACGAGAAAGCGCACAGCUCUGACCAAUCGGCUUAAUCCCAGCGCCGGGGAGAGCACGCUGCCCUGCGGAGGAGGAGCGGGUACGGCCGGACCUUAUCUCCCUCCUGCUCCGCCGUUAGCAGCUCCAGGGUCAACGGGGCGAACCAGCAACUGCCUGCUAUCCCCGUUAGCCUCAACUCCUCUGCGGGUCUGGGGGGGUUCUGUUAGGGGCAGGGGGCGGGGGUACACCGAGAAGGGAGAAGACUACACGCCAGAGGAGGGGACUGGAAGUCUGAGACGCUUCCAGGCUGAAGGGGCCGGCGGUUCGGCCACAGCACCCCGGAGUAGCUAGCUUCUACCCGCGCGGCUAAGUGAAUGGGAUGGAGCCGGGACCGUCUGGCGCUGUGCCCUUGGGGGUAUUCCCCCCACCCCUGCAGCAGGUGUUCCAUGCCCCCCGCCGGCCAGGCAUGGGCACCGUGGGCAAGCCCAUCAAGCUGCUGGCCAACUACUUCGAAGUCGAGAUCCCAAAGAUGGACGUCUUUCACUAUGAGGUGGACAUCAAGCCGGAUAAGUGCCCACGACGAGUCAACAGAGAGGUGGUUGAGUACAUGGUUCAGCACUUCAAGCCCCAGCUCUUUGGCGACAGGAAGCCAGUGUACGAUGGCAAGAAGAACAUUUACACAGUGCUAGCUCUUCCUAUUGGGAGUGAGAAGGUGGACUUUGAGGUAACGAUCCCUGGUGAGGGUAAGGACCGAAUCUUUAAGGUGUCCAUCCGUUGGCUGGCCAAGGUGUCAUGGCGCCUGCUGCAGGAGACUCUAGUCAGCGGCCGGCUGCAGGUCCCCCUCGACUCCGUUCAAGCCCUGGAUGUGGCUAUGCGCCACUUGGCCUCUAUGAGGUACACUCCAGUGGGCCGUUCAUUCUUCUCCCCACCUGAAGGAUAUUAUCACCCACUGGGCGGGGGGAGGGAGGUCUGGUUUGGAUUCCACCAGUCCGUGCGUCCUGCCAUGUGGAAGAUGAUGCUCAACAUUGAUGUGUCUGCCACUGCCUUCUACAAAGCCCAGCCUGUUAUUGAGUUCAUGUGUGAAGUUUUGGACAUUCGCAACAUCGAUGAGCAGCCCAAAACUCUCACAGACUCACAAAGGGUUCGCUUCACCAAGGAAAUUAAAGGCCUGAAGGUGGAGGUGACCCACUGUGGCCAAAUGAAGAGGAAAUACCGUGUAUGCAAUGUCACCAGACGUCCUGCCAGCCACCAAACGUUUCCCCUCCAGCUUGAGAGUGGGCAGACAGUCGAAUGUACAGUGGCCCAGUACUUCAAGCAGAAGUACAACCUGCAGCUUAAAUACCCCCACCUACCCUGUCUACAAGUGGGGCAAGAGCAGAAGCACACCUACCUGCCACUGGAGGUGUGUAACAUUGUAGCCGGUCAGCGAUGCAUCAAGAAACUGACCGAUAAUCAGACCUCCACUAUGAUAAAAGCCACAGCUCGCUCUGCACCUGACAGACAGGAGGAGAUCAGCAGGCUGAUGAAGAAUGCUAACUUCAACCUGGACCCAUACAUCCAGGAGUUUGGGAUCAAGGUGAAGGAUGACAUGGCGGAGGUGACGGGCAGGGUGCUGCCGGCUCCUAUUCUGCAGUACGGAGGACGGAACCGUGCCAUAGCUACCCCCAACCAGGGAGUGUGGGAUAUGAGAGGGAAACAGUUUUACAACGGCAUCGAGAUCAAAGUGUGGGCCAUUGCCUGCUUUGCCCCCCAGAAACAGUGCAGAGAAGAGGUGCUCAAGAACUUCACAGACCAACUGCGUAAAAUCUCCAAGGAUGCUGGAAUGCCAAUUCAGGGCCAGCCAUGCUUUUGUAAAUACGCCCAGGGAGCAGACAGUGUGGAGCCAAUGUUCAGACACCUGAAAAACACCUACUCUGGACUUCAGCUCAUCAUCGUCAUCCUGCCAGGAAAAACCCCGGUCUAUGCGGAGGUAAAGCGCGUGGGAGACACUCUUCUGGGCAUGGCCACGCAAUGUGUCCAGGUGAAGAAUGUGGUAAAGACGUCCCCUCAGACUCUCUCCAACCUCUGCCUCAAGAUCAAUGUGAAGCUGGGAGGCAUUAACAACAUCCUGGUGCCUCACCAACGGUCAGCGGUAUUUCAGCAGCCGGUUAUCUUCCUGGGAGCAGACGUCACACACCCCCCAGCUGGAGAUGGCAAGAAGCCCUCCAUUACUGCUGUGGUAGGCAGUAUGGACGCCCACCCCAGCAGAUACUGUGCCACAGUGCGCGUCCAGAGACCCAGGCAGGAAAUAAUCGAGGACUUGUCAUAUAUGGUGCGUGAACUGCUCAUUCAGUUCUACAAGUCGACCCGCUUCAAGCCCACCAGGAUUAUUUUCUACAGAGAUGGUGUUCCUGAAGGCCAGUUGCCCCAGAUUCUCCACUAUGAGCUGCUGGCCAUCAGGGAUGCAUGCAUAAAGUUGGAGAAAGACUAUCAGCCUGGAAUUACCUACAUCGUGGUACAGAAACGCCACCACACGCGCCUCUUCUGUGCCGACAAAUCUGAAAGGAUUGGUAAGAGUGGGAACAUACCAGCAGGUACUACCGUGGACACCAGCAUCACUCAUCCAUUUGAGUUUGACUUCUACCUGUGCAGCCACGCAGGCAUACAGGGUACCAGCCGACCGUCUCAUUACUACGUCUUAUGGGACGACAAUCGUUUCACAGCAGACGAGCUGCAGAUCCUAACCUACCAGUUGUGCCACACUUAUGUUCGUUGUACCCGCUCAGUCUCCAUCCCUGCGCCAGCCUACUAUGCUCGUCUUGUGGCCUUCCGUGCCCGCUACCACCUGGUAGAUAAGGAACAUGACAGUGGAGAGGGCAGCCAUGUGUCUGGACAGAGUAACGGUCGGGACCCCCAGGCAUUGGCUAAAGCUGUUCAGAUUCACCAUGACACUCUGAGGACCAUGUACUUCGCCUGAACUCCACCAGCCAUCGCCUCCAUUGUCCCCCUCCCACCUCAUUUCUACACGAGUGGGCUGAUGCUCGGCUCUCACCUCAUCCCCAUCCCUUGCUCCCAACAACAGCCCACUACACACCCUCCACAGACCUGCCAGUCAGUCCCUCAAAUCCAAGAAACAUAAGGCCCUUCUCCUGUAUACACAGGCAGACUCUGCAGCCUCAUGCACUCAAAAGGUUAUGAAUAUUGUUAUUGACUUUCUGUUGUUUUUACUUUACCAGGACGGUUGCUCUUUUUAUGUUGAAUUUUUAAAAUGUGGGUAUUUUUGUGUAAUUCUAUUGUACGCUACCUUCACACUCCUAUGUAUGUAAGUAUGCAAUACAGAUGGGAGCAAAAUAGGCAAAAGAGAGGGGAAAAAUACUAGAAACUUUUUUUAACUGCCAUCACUAUACUGCCUCUUUACCCAUCCGAAAGCCGGAUGCCAGUGUUUCCAAGCCCCUAAGUAUGGGGGUCCUCAAGAGGGGCAGUACUGGGCACACACACUUACACGUAUCAUUUUAGCGUUGUCGUUCAUGUUUUUAAUGCUUUUGAAUAAUGUUAUUUUUUUAAAACAGCCUUGAGGAGUCUGAGGUAUGGUACAUUAGCACUUAGUUAGCAUUUAGGUGCCACCGUUCCUGCACAUGAAGAGUUUGUAGCGUAUGUGAGGCGAGCCCUCUGGUCUUUAUAUUCUCAGAGACAGAAGGAGCAGGUGUAGCAUAUCGUAGAGACAGGAGGGAAGUGCUGCUGCACUCUCAGUCCUGGUUGGUCAGUCCCUAGAGAUUUAGCCUUUAGAGGCAAGCUUAGUGUAAUAGUAGAGGGACCAUUUGCAUAGAGUGUAUCAAAUAUACUUGCACCCCAUGCACCUAAACCAGCAUUAUUAACCAGCCAAAAGUGAUGCCAACCAAUGGAAAAGGGGCACUUAAACAGGAGGAUAAUGUUAUUUCUGUAGUUAUUGCUCUUUUAGGAUUCAUGAGGCACUUUCUUUGUACGUCUGGGUUAACUUUACUUCAAAAUGGUUACAUGAACGUCUAGUGUGACUUGAUGCAAACUACUUUGGAGUUUAACACCAUCAUUUAAAUACCUUACUUAGCAGAGGCAAGGUCAGCACUACCCUGUAAAUCUGAAAACGGUCUGUGAUCACUCACGUUCUGCAUUGCUGGACGUGCAUUCAGCCACUGAUCAUGUUUGAAUCAUUCUGCUCAUUUCCACUUGUUUCGGUGGAGAUGACGCCACACAGUGCGUUCUGCACUUCCACCCGAGCAAUUAUUUGCGUACCUCGGCACACCUACUUUCAGCCUCUCCUGUUCUUACACAAAGGUCCUCCCUCUGCAGGCAUUUACAACUCAGCCUGGGUAACAAAAGCACACACUCAAAGUAUGCCCUCGCUCUUAUGGCUAUUUCUUAGCACAUGGAGACCAACAUGCACUUGUCCCCUUAUUUUCCCUCAAGCCAAACUCGCUCAUCUUUUUCAUUUCGUUCUCUCUUUUACCGCCUGUUUUCAUGUUUGGCAUCACACACACCUGCAGCAUCCCCUGCCCCAAUCCCCUGGCUUGUGUUAGCCAAUCCCUAUUGGUGCUGUGUGUGCAUGGGCGGCACAAGUAGGGGAUUGCUACAUUGGGUAGGAUGGGCCUUUUCACUACAACUCAACGCGCCCUGCUUUUACAUCAAGAUAAUAUCUCGAUUUAUGGAAAAACUGCAUGUAGUUAUUAUUUUUUUAAUGACUGGAUAUUCUGAGCCACCUUACUUUGGUCUUCUUAGAGGUAGGAGCUGUGCGCUCACCACUGCCUGUCAAAUGUUUUUGCCUCAAUUGUGCAACGGUUGUCAAGAUGGCGUUUUCUUUUUCAUUAUUAUCAAUAUUGUGACUAUUGUUGAAGUGUUUCCUCAAGAGGGCACUGUAGAGACGGUCUCAAAAUCCCACCUCAGUUGCCCUUAAAGCGCCUCAAAUCUUGUCUGAUGGUCAGCGCCCCUUAAAGCUGAAAGGGAUUGGAAAAUAAGUGAUCAGAUGAGUUUGAUUUUUAAAUCAUGUUAUUGAACUUGCAUAAUCAGAAUGCCUUUGUACACCGUUUUACUGAUCCUUCAUUGUGUCCAAGGUGAUUUGUAUAUAUAAAUAUGUAAUAUUUACCUGUUAUGUAUUUUGGCCCAACAGAUGCCGGGCCUUUCACAUUUGGGGCCGGUGUUCUACUUCUCGUUCUGUGCUAAACAAAAAAAAAUCAGUCUGGGGCAUUUCCCAGUACCACUGAAACCAGAUGCAGUUCUUCACUCACUGAAGCCACAAAAGCACCUUGCAAAGGGAGACGCCAAAUUACAGUCACCCUAGAAAUGUAUCGUGGACACAGGAGAGCCCAUUCCACUCCACACAGCCUCACGGUCUGACUAAGCAAUAUUGAAGCCACUGAUCAAGAACAGUCCUUGUCAUAGCACUUCCCAAUAGAUUUGAAUGAAAGGACAUGGAAGCAUAUUACUUUGGCUCUGUGUGUGAUAGUAUGGGAACUCUGUUGGGGAGGGUUAUUUUUUAAAGAAA